AAUUUUUUACAUAGUAUGUUGGCCGGUAUAUAUCUUCCGGCGGUAAGAAGACAGUUAGUUCUUUAUUUAUUCCACGCUCAAACCAACUUCCAUUCAGUCAAGUCCACAAGAGCAAAGUGUUUUUUGCUGGAAUGCGAUAAUGUGUAUCUGAGUGUGUUCGUAAUGCGUCGCCUUAUAAUAUUUCUGGUUAUAUCCAGUAGCACGAUAAGUAACUGUCAAGAAAGUGCCCAAUAUCUUCAAAAUGCCGUGCGAGACCUAAGAAAAAUGAAUUUUCGACAAACUCUGAGAAGAGUAGACACCAAAAUGGUGGAGGAAGCAUCAACCAUAGAAUCUAUUAAAGAUGUCAUACCUUCGAAGCCAACAAUAGAACGUAGAGUAGUUCAAAAAACGGAUCAAGUACCUCCAUUGUCUUUAACUAAAGGCGAAUUGGCUGCUUUGUAUGAAAAUGCUGUGAGUAAGGGGGAUACUAUUAAAUUAAAUGCUGGGGACAACUCCUUCGUUCACGCUGCUGUUGCUGAACUGGAUGGAACAGAGUCAAAUUCAAACUCGGGAAGUUCAGGAAAUUCAGACGACUCGGGAGGAUACUACUAUUAUUAUUAUCCGAUUAAAAGUUUUAUAGAUGAGUUAUCUUCAAAACAAAGUCACAAUAUCAACAUAAGCCACGCAAAAGGUGACAUGGAGGAAAAGAAGACCAAAGCGAUGGAACCUCUAUUCAUGGCAAUAUCUGGAUUCAUAGGCAUGGCGGUCAUGUUCGUAAUGUCGAUAUUUUGGUUUCCACGAUUAAAAACAACGACAGGAGGAAUAACAAAGAAAACCAGUAAACAAGAAAAAAUAACGGAUAUUGCUAGGAUAGCCUUAUCAGCAAUUGAAGGACAGGAUUGUACGGAACGGUUUGCUUGUGAAUUAGGCAAAACGGCAAGAUCAUUUAAUUUACAGGACAAUAGGUUUAUGAAGUUAUUGAAGCGAAUGGCGCCUUCGACCUUUGGGAAGCAAAUAGACAAAGUAGGCAGAUAUUCCAAUAAGCGGUUAAAAUGUACGGCUAUACCGUGUAAGAAGAAGCCCCCUAAAGAUAAAAAUAAUAAUAAGAAAAAUCAAAGUGCUCAGAAGAAAUCUUAGUUGCCACCAAAGCGUAUUUAUUAUUUUAAUUAAUUUAUUUAUUAUUUAUUUACUUAUUUAUUAGAUAAUGUUAAGAUUUAUUUUCAAUUAAAAAUACAUGUAAAUAAAAUCAUUGUAAAUAUUUAAAAUUAAAUCGAAAAUAUUUUUGUGUGGAUGUUCGCGGGUUAAUUUGAUAACGUGAUAUGAGUUUUGUAAUUUUAAAAAUUGACGUUUAAAAACUGAUGCAUAUUUUGUAGUGUAUAAUAAAGUGAUAUUAUGAUAUAAA